AUGACCCUGGGCUUUGUCGUUGUGAUGACGGAGUCGCUGCUGGCCUUCCGCGUGCCACUGCUGGGGAGGCCGACCGCCCAGAAAUGGGUCCACAUGGCGACGCAGACGGCGGCGGUUGCUCUGGGCGUGGCCGGCAUGGUGGCGAUCGUUCAGGCAAAGCUUUUCUCCCAGGCCUACCACAUGUACAGCGUCCACGCCUGGACGAGCGCCAUAAUCUUUGUCCUCUUUGUUCUGCAGUACCUGGUGGGCCUGGCCGUGUUUGCGCUCCCGCUCGUCAAAAGCGCGGAGACCAAGGCGUCUGUUGCUAAGUGGCACAUUGUGCUUGGGCAGCUCACCUUCUUCGGCGGCAUCGCCGCGUGUGUGACUGGCUGGGCCGACAUGCAGAUGAUGAAUGUCGAUUUUGGCCAGCGCAACUACGGCAGCGCGACCAUCCUCGGCGCCACCACGGCGGUGCUGCUGUGGGCCCUGGCGGCCGCCGUCGGCGGCGUGGUGCUGUCCGGCCCGCGGCCGAAGCCCGGCGGCUGCUGCCCUGCCGCUGCUGCUGCGCCGCUGAAGGGGCAGGACCCGCUGCCCGGGGUGUGA